AUGCCAGAAGAUACACGUAGUGAGGAGGAAGACACAGAAUUACCAGGAACUAAUUUCAUUGAUGUUACUGAUGUGAUAAAGGAUCAGGAAGAGGAGAAGGAUGAAAUUCCAGAAUUCUUUGAGCCUCUUCUCGAACUUAAUGGAGAGUUUAAAGUUGCCUCGCCAAGAUACAGUGGUCCUUUGUUUCCUCCAGUGGCUUCUGCACCUCAGCAGUCUUCUGAUGUUUUGGAUGAACUGAUUCAAAGGAGAGAAACUAUAGAAAACAGGUUGAUAAAAUGGGUGGAACAAGAAAUAAUGGCAAAAAUUAUCAGUGGAAUGUACCCAAGUCAGAAAGAAACAGUGCCCAAUGUUAGCACGUCAGAGACUGAAGACAGUGAGAGUGUAACCUCUGACAUGGUUGAAGUUGCAGGUGCUAGAGGAUUUCAGCUCUUUAUCAAUGCUGGCGUGCCUGUGGACUCAGAAAUGAUAAGUCAUUUUGUAAAUGAAGCUCUCAGUGAAACAAUUGCGACCAUGCUGGGUAACAAGCAGGCUGAGGAAGCAGUUCCUGCUACGAAUGUUCUUCCAAGCACGAUGGCUGUGAUGGAGUCUCUUGUGCCUACUCCAUUGCCAACACCCCAGGCCACACCACCACAAACACCACCUUCAGAAAAAGAAUGGCCUCCAGUCAAAACUCCAGAGCCCUCUCCAUCUCUUACAGAAAUGAGCGGGGAUGUUCGUGAACAUGAAGAAAUUAAAGCAGCAGGGGUUGAGAUUCCGGCUGCCACUAGUCGUGUGGGCACACCUGUGGUUACCUCUGUGAGUACGCCUCCUAAACCAACCACACCAAGCCCUCCUGCCUCAGAAUGGGUCUCCAAAGCUGCAAAAAUGGAAAGUCCAAAACCUCCAAACCCAUGGGAUGAUGCAGAACUUCCUCUGGAAGAAGAGAAACCCAGUCCCUUAAUGGAAGAACCAUUCUGUCCCAAAGCUGUUGAAAUGUCAGUGGCUAAUGAUGAGGAACCAGAGGCCUUGAUUUUACCAUUUCAGCAGUCGUCAGCGAGGCCCUUGGAAUCACUUCCUUGCGACCCACAGGUUCCGUCAUCUGUGCCAACAGUUAGUUCUGGGCAGUCCACGCAGGAAAGCAGCCUUACUCUCACAGAAACAGAAACUGCAGACAGACCCAUCUCAGAGGGGGAGGUACUCUUCAGCUAUGGACAGAUGCUGGCUGCAAGAGCCUUUGCAGGAGGAGAUUACUCGCUUCCAAACCUCGCCGAGAGCUUAACCAGUACUUUACGAGAUGCAAAUGAAAUGGAUUAUGAUCCUCCUAGUGAAGGGCAAGUGGUGAGAAGACCGGACAAAGUCUAUCACAGGGAUCCUGUCCUGACUCUUUUAGCCAAAUUAAAUCAAGCCCCUGGGGUUGCACAAGAAGGAAUGUACAGUUCGGAGGAUUCUGAUGAUAACAGUGUUGGGGAGCUCAGUGAAGGUCAAAGACCGAGGCUGACGCAAGCAGCAGAGAGAAUCCUAAUGGGACAUUCAGUUUAUAUGGACCAUCCCACUGCUCGGACUUCUGAGAACAGACCGUACCAGCAUUUCCGUUCUCCAUCGCCAGGGCAGCUUGCCCAAAUUGGAGCAGAAAUCAUUGGAGAUGCAGAUACAAGUCGUGGUCCAAUGCUUAUGGCCGAACUGGAAUCACAAUCGGUUUCAAAUCCUGUUCUGCAAGCAGCCCAGACAAGCUGCAGAGGGACAUAUCUCUCAGAGGAUUGGUCCCAGGAGGAAAGCCGAGGAGAUGCACAAGUUGAGACCGUGAGACCCCGAGUUAUUCAUGUAAGAAGGAAGUCUGAAGAGAUGCAACAAGAAG